GAAAUAGCGCUGGGGCAGUCUGCCGGACUCUGAGGAAGGAAGCAACCAUGCAAGUGCUAACGAAACGCUAUCCCAAGAACUGCCUGCUGACAGUCAUGGAUCGGUACUCCGCGGUGGUGCGGAACAUGGAGCAGGUGGUGAUGAUCCCCAGCCUUCUGAGGGAUGUGCAGCUGAGUGGGCCUGGGGGCUCGGUCCAGGACGGAGCCCCUGAUCUCUAUACCUACUUCACCAUGCUCAAGAGCAUCUGUGUAGAAGUGGACCACGGGCUGCUGCCAAGGGAGGAAUGGCAGGCCAAGGUGGCUGGCAACGAAACCAGCGAGGCUGAGAACGACGCUGCUGAAACGGAGGAGGCCGAAGAAGACAGGAUCUCGGAGGAGCUGGACCUAGAAGCCCAGUUCCACCUGCACUUCUGCAGCCUCCAUCACAUCCUUACCCACCUGACCCGGAAAGCACAGGAGGUGACGCGGAAAUACCAGGAAAUGACAGGGCAGGUUCUGUAGGUCUUUGACUCUUCUGAAGAUCGCUUUACACGAGAGAAGACUGAUGAAGACCCCGAGGUGCAUCAACCCGAGACCUGGACAGAGGGCCUGGCCCCAGGUGGACGCGAAGGCGGCUUCCGUCUCCCUCUGAGUGCAUCUGUGGACUUGGUUGCAGGCUCACCUUUAAGAUAUUUGUGUGACUCCCAACUUCUCUUCCGUAUCUUAGCAGUUUGAGGUUCACGAGGCAGCAAGGAUCAGUAGGAAGCACAGGUAUUAACAAGUUGGCCAAAGUUCACGUCCCACCUCUGGGAUGUCGUUUAGUGCCUGGUGUCAUGUCGCAGUUACUCUUUCAUGUAUAAAGCAGGGAUGCUGUAUCUACCUCACACGGUUACUAAAAGCAAACACGGAAUCCAAAGCCCUGGGCACAUGCCGACAUCUGAAAAGCUGGUGUUUCUCCCACCUCCCUCCAAGUGCAUGCUGUACGCAGCUCUUGCUUUUAUCCCUGGGGAAAGGCUGAGGUCACUGAGUGUGUGGGAUGAGCUGCUCAGGCUGCUGGGCCUGAUGCGCUGAGCACAUGAACCUAACUAUUGUAGUAGCAAUUAAAGAAGAAAAGGAAAACAUGG